UUAAUAGGUUCACAUACUUUAUGAACUACAGAAUGAUUACUCUGUGUCUUCAAUUAACUUAAAAGUACAGGAGACUAGAUUGACAGGGACAGUCUGUAAAAUAAAUGGCAUAAAGGGUAUAAAUACCAGCAGAGAGCUUUCAUUUGCUGUUUGGACAUCUGGAGGACAGAAGACAGAGAGAGGCAUCAACACACAGACAGCAGAUCUUUGCAGUUCUCACGGUGAUUCAAUUUUGAAAGCAUCAUUCAGAAGUUUAGGUUGCUGAGGCUCAAACUGUGAAAAUGGCUUCACCAGAUUUAUCUGCAGAAGCACUGAGUGCUCAGAAGCAAUCAUCAGGACCUGCGGUAUCAUCAUGUAAGGACGUCCCAUACAAAAGCAUCAUCCCUGGUGGACUUCAAGUUGGCAGUGUCAUCAAUGUCCAAGGCUCUAUCCAAUAUCAACCAUAUAGAUUCCAAAUUAAUCUACGGCACAAAUUUGGAAUUGCGUUUCAGUACAAUCCUCGUUUUGAUGAGAAUGUGGUUGUGCGCAACACUUAUGAGGAUGGGAAAUGGGGCCCGCCUGAACGAUCUGAACCCAUGCCAUUUAAAGGAGGGGAACGACUGAUGAUUACCAUUAUUUGCGGUCCGCAUCAAUACGAGGUGUUUGUUAAUGGUGAGAUAGCUCACACUUACAAGCAUCGCUUCACUGACCUGAAGGAGAUUGAUGUUUUGGACAUCAGAGGAGAUGUGCAGCUGACACUUGUGCAGCCCUAACAAGGAUUUCAUCUGGAUCCAUGAGAAAUGCACAGAUAGACCAGCACUAUCUCUGCAAAUGCUGUAUUAUCAUGUGAUUGACCACAGCUUAAUAUGAAAAAAAUAAUAAUAAUAGAGAAAAUAAUGAACAAAUAAACAAGACACCAACACAUGUCUGCCUGGAAGCAAUUAUCUACAGGCUUUAUUAUUUUGAAUAAAUACGUUGAUAAUGAAUAUAUCUGUCAUUUGUAAUGGAGCUUUUCACAGAGUUGCUCAAUUUCAUCAUUAAAUGUCAGUAAAGUCAAUAUUUUACAUGAGCAGGUGAAGGAUUUCUAUUAUUUACUAAUUAACUUUGGCUUUAUUUGGAACUGUUUAACUGUGUAAUCUGAUAUAUUGUCUUCUGUAGAUCUGCUUUAUAUCUGAUUAAAACUGAAUUUAUCUGUUACAACACUGACACUGAUAUUUUUCCCAUUUAUUAAUGUAGAGUUGCUUUGAAUCAAUAUGCAUUGUAGAAAAAUCUGUAUAGAAAUAAAUGUGACUUGACAAUUUUA